AUCAUAUACCUUAGCGACUGCAACGGUAGUUUUUGCAUUGUUUGGCAAUAUGAGUAACACUUACCCACUGAUUACUCAUUUUAUCAGUGUUGUGACAGCCUUUAUCGUGGCUCGGUGUGUCUGCCGAAGACUAGUGUAAAAAGUUCACGUGAAUAUGUUAUAGUGUGACAAUGGCAGUCGACAGGAUAAUAUGGAAAAUAAUACUGGACUUCAUCAUUUUAGCGGGCGUGGGAUUCGCGCUCCUUGCUGUCACGCUAUGGAUGGAGCCGUACCAUCGCGGCUACUUCUUAAACGACGAGAGCCUCAGCCUCCCCUUCAAGGAGCAGACGAUAUCGGUGUCCGUGCUCGCGAGCGUCGGCUUUGCCUUCAUCGCCGUUGUGGUCCUAAUCGUGGAGAUAACGCGUGACAGACAAGGCAAGGGCAUUGGUGACAAGUACAUCGGAGACUCCGCCGUCCCCGGCUGGAUCUGGGAGAGCUACCAGACCAUCGGAGUCUUUACCUUCGGCGCCGCCUGUCAACACUUAACAUCCGACCUCGCUAAAAAUGUUAUUGGCAGAUUGCGACCUCAUUUUUAUGACGUCUGCAAGCCGAUCCCUCGAGCGGACUCUGCGCUGAACCAGCUCGGCUACAUCGUGGAGUACGACUGCUAUGCUGACGCCGAUCCGUCGCUCAUCAAGGACAUGCGCCUCUCCUUCCCCAGCGCUCACUCCAGCUUCGCCAUGUAUUGCGCCAUAUUCUUUAUUUUCUACGUGCAAGUGAAAUGCAAAUGGCGUGGCUCGAAGUUGCUGCGCCACGCCAUACAGUACGCGGUCUUCAUCGCCGCUUGGUACGUGGGGCUCUCCCGCGUCGUUGACCACAUGCACCACUGGAGCGACGUCGCUGCUGGCUUCCUGAUCGGUACCAUCUAUGCAUGCCUAGUGUUCGUAUACGUGCUAAAACCAAAGACAGCAUCAACUCUGCCGACCACUUGGGUGGACCCACCAGAGACUGUCACCAACACAUUACCGAGAGCAGCGCUGGCGCGAUGACGUUCAUACGACCCUCAACUAAUAUAAAUAAACGAAAU